UUAAUUCACACAGACAUGUAUGUGAAUAGCAUUGGUCCAGUGAACGCUAUCAAUAUGGAAUAUACAAUUGAUAUAUUUUUUGCCCAAACAUGGUAUGACAGACGUCUGAAAUUUAACAGCACCAUUAAAGUCCUCCGACUGAAUAGCAACAUGGUGGGGAAAAUCUGGAUUCCAGACACUUUCUUCAGAAAUUCCAAAAAGGCAGAUGCACACUGGAUAACCACCCCUAAUAGGAUGCUGAGAAUUUGGAAUGAUGGUCGAGUGCUCUACACUUUAAGACUGACAAUUGAUGCUGAGUGCCAGUUACAGUUGCACAAUUUUCCAAUGGAUGAACAUUCCUGCCCCCUGGAAUUCUCCAGUUAUGGCUAUCCAUGUGAAGAAAUUGUCUACCAGUGGAAGCGUAGUUCUGUUGAAGUGGAUGACACAAGGUCUUGGAGACUUUAUCAAUUUUCAUUUGUUGGACUGAGAAAUACCACUGAAGUAGUGAAGACAACCUCUGGGGAUUAUGUGGUCAUGACUGUCUAUUUUGACCUGAGCAGAAGAAUGGGCUACUUCACCAUCCAGACCUACAUCCCCUGCACACUCAUUGUUGUCCUAUCCUGGGUAUCUUUCUGGAUCAAUAAGGAUGCUGUUCCAGCCAGAACUUCUUUAGGAAUCACCACCGUCCUGACAAUGACUACCCUCAGCACCAUUGCCAGGAAGUCUCUCCCCAAGGUCUCCUACGUCACAGCGAUGGAUCUCUUUGUAUCUGUUUGCUUCAUCUUUGUCUUCUCUGCUUUGGUGGAGUAUGGCACUCUGCAUUAUUUUGUCAGCAACCGGAAACCAAGCAAGGACAAAGACAAAAAGAAGAAAAACCCUGCCCCUACCAUUGACAUCCGCCCACGGUCAGCAACCAUUCAAAUGAACAAUGCCACACACCUUCAAGAUAGAGAUGAAGAAUAUGGGUAUGAGUGUCUGGAUGGCAAGGACUGUGCCAGUUUUUUCUGCUGUUUUGAAGAUUGCCGAACAGGAGCUUGGAGACACGGGAGGAUACAUAUCCGUAUUGCCAAGAUGGACUCCUAUGCGCGGAUCUUCUUCCCCACUGCUUUCUGCUUGUUCAAUCUGGUUUAUUGGGUCUCCUACCUUUACCUGUGA